GUGUGUUUGCUACCAUGAGAAAGAUUCGUUGAGUUUUACAAUUUCUCAGAUCUUGACAUUCGAAAUUCAAGAUGCAUAUCCAGACUCCCCUCCUAACACUAACCACCUCCCUCGCCCUCUCAUCAGCCUCAAAAUCCGUCCUCCCCACCCCAUCAAUGGGUUUCAACAACUGGGCACGCUUCGAAUGUGCCCUCAACGAGUCCCUCUUCACAGCUACUGCCGAUGCUAUGGUGUCAAAAGGUUUACUCGCUGCUGGCUACAACCGUCUAAACAUCGACGAUUGCUGGCCUUUGCACUCCCGUGCCUCCAACGGCAGUCUACAAUGGGAUCCAGAGAAAUUUCCCCACGGAUUGCCUUGGCUAGGCCAAUACUUGAAAGACCGCGGUUUCAAUUUUGGGAUCUACAGCGAUGCGGGGAACUCGACUUGUGGUGGAUAUCCGGGGUCAUUGGGCUACGAAGAAAUUGACGCCGAAACAUUCAAGAGCUGGGGAAUCGAUUACUUGAAAUUAGAUGGGUGUUACGUUGAUCCAUCCACCGAAGCUCGGUAUAAGCAGAUUUAUGGCCAUUGGCACCAAAUCCUCUCCGCGAUGUCGGAACCGCUUAUAUUUUCCGAGUCCGCGCCAGCUUAUUUUUCUGGGGAGGACAAUCUGACGGAUUGGUAUACGGUCAUGGACUGGGUGCCAAAGUACGGGGAAUUGGCUAGACAUUCGGACGAUAUUGCCACGUUUGAUGAUCCGGAUGCUUGGUCUUCGAUUCUCACGAACUAUGGGUACGAAGUCUUGCUGGCGAGACAUCAGGCAGCGGGGUAUUUCAAUGAUCCCGAUUUCUUGAUAGUGGAUCAUGGGAACCUUACUUUGGAUGAGAAGAAGAGUCACUUUGCAUUAUGGGCCAGCUUUGGUGCGCCGUUGAUCAUCUCGGCGUGGAUUCCAGGAUUGGAGGCAGAGGAGAUUGAGUAUUUGACGAAUAAGAAUUUGAUUGAGGUCGAUCAGGAUGCAUUGGGGUUGCAGGCUACGCUCGUUAGCCAGGAUGGGACUUGGGAUGUUUUGACGAGGAGUUUGGCUAAUGGGGACAGGUUGUUGACUGUUUUGAAUAGGGGUGCGGAGGAGGGGACGUUGAAUGUUUCGAUGGUGAGGGCUGGAUAUGCGGAUUCCCAGGGACAGGAGUUUGAGGUCAAAGAUCUCUGGACAGGAGAUGUGAGUACGGUCACGGACGAGAUCGAAGUGACGGUACCGAGUCACGGAACGAAAGUGUUCAUAAUCUCAGCGAGUGAGGGAUGCGAAUCAAGUCUCGUGCCCACAGGAAUGGUGUUCAACACCAAGUCGUUGCAUUGUUUGACUGCGGGUUCUGCAGGCGCGGUGGGCUGGACAAAUUGCACAGGAGCCGAUGCGCAGGUUUGGCAAGUGAAUGACGGGAGGACUGUAAGCAGUCUGGGAAAUACUUCGGAGUGUUUGACGGCAGUCAAUGAUGAGAAGGGUAGCGUUGCGAUGGAAGCAUGCAAAAGCUCGACAACACAGAAGUGGGGAUACAUGGUGACAGGAAAUAUCUGGAGCUUAGGUGCUAAGGGGUGUCUGACAGAGGGAGCGAGUGGGUCAGUGACUCUAAGUGCUUGUGGCUUCGAGAGAAACGAUCAGGUCUUUGAAAUGCCAAGUGGGAGUGCAGGACAUUGA